AUGACAGGACAGGAGAGGACUAUCGAUAUGGAAUCUAAUACGAACUUUCAAACGCUGUUGGACUUGUUUGGCACGUGGGAAAACGAAACAUUCUACGAUACAAGACGCAUCAUGAAAAUGCUGGCGCCCGAGUGCAAGCACCUGAUUUUAAAGUGCAGUCUGGCAAAUGUUAACAUACCGUGCUUUAGUAAGCUUGCCUUCCAGGAAUCGCUGAAUCCUUGGGGACCCUGCUGCACAUUCAACACUAAGAACAGUCUCAAGAAACGCCAUUUUAAGAAUCGUUUGGCCAGCUCGGAGCUCGGCUUGACAGUGGUCCUGAACUCCAGUCAGGAUGAUUAUUUCACGCCCGUUUUAAAUACCAAUGGAUAUAUUGUAAUUGUGCAUGACUCUGAAAAUUAUGCGUCCGUGGCUUCAUCCAAUGCGGUCGAAGUACAUCCCGGACAAAAUGAGGAAAGUUUUCUGAUGAUUUAUGCACGCGUGGUGGAAACCGACCCCAGUCUGGAUUCCUUCUCAGCGAUGAAUCGUCGCUGCUACUUUGACAAUGAGGCGCCUAAUCCGGAGCAACUGCUGGCCUCCAUCUACACCUUCCCGAAUUGCAUCACGCGGUGUCGCAUCCGAAGCAUGGUCGCCUUAUGCCGCUGCCUGCCGUUCUAUAUGCCAUGGCGACUGGUAGAGAACCAAGACGGCGUCGUCUACUGCACCCUAAACCAUAUUCCCUGCCUGAGGCAAUAUAACUUCAAAUGGACCAAUGUGCUAAUAGAACGCAAAGCCGUGCCUGGUCUGGAGCGCGAAAUGGAGGAGGCUUUGUACUGUCCACAGUGUCUGCCUUCGUGCAAUGAUGUCCAGUACAGUGUGUCGCUGCAUUCGCUGCCUAUCGAUAACUAUUUGGUCACUUUUGCCAACAAAUCGGAGUCCAAUUCCGACAUAUCUCUAUUGCGUGUCUACUUUGGUGACCCCUACGCCCACUUGUACAUACGGCUUCUAAACAAUGCCUGGUUUGAAGUGUUCACAACAAAGCCGCCUCCUCGGCUUGUUGUGGGCCGGGCUGCCUGGUGGAUACCCGCACCUGUGCCUUCGUUGGAUGGCGGUGACGAGACAGGCUCGACCGAGGAGGAGGACACGCAAAAAUUGUCAUUUGCUGCCGAGCUAAAGGAUUUGUUGCACAACCUGUCAUUUCAUUGUUAUGGCAAAUUAGUCGAGCAGGGUCGUCGUAUUUCGGAGCGCUUCUUCUGGCUCAUUUUCCACACCACUGCGCUGAGCGUUCUAAUUGCAUUCCUGUGCGACACAUACACUAGUGAGAAAAAGGCUCUGGUCACCACACUCUACGACCCGCUCUAUCCCAUCCGCAACGUGGAGUUCCCGACGGUCUCUGUCUGCACCAUCAAUCGCAUAUCGAGUCGCGCGGUUGUGCGGUAUGCGCAGGAUCUCAGCGACAAGGAUCCCAGCCACCGCAAUGUCAGUUACUUCAUUGAGGAGCUGCGGGCUUUCGGCUUCCUGUACUAUCGACUCGAUAAGAUGGACGACUAUGAGCGUGCUUUGCGAUUCCAGGGAUUCUUAGAUACCUACGACGUCGAGCCACAGGACCUGUUCUUCAAUACGCGAUCAAGGAUGCAUGCUCUGACGCCGAACUGCAGCGAAACCUUUGUUUCCUGCCGCCUCGCCGGCGAGCCGUUCAAUUGUCUGAAGCAUUUCAAGGAGAUGCUGACUGGUAACGGGUUUUGCUGCACCUUCAACUUUGAAUUUGGGUACACUAAGAAGUCCAGAUUUCGUCGAGGUUUUUUUGGAGCCGAAUUGGGUCUGGUACUGACGCUUAAAUCAGCACCCAGCGACAACUUUUUCAAAUUGUAUUCGCCGGAUGGCUUUUUACAUAACUAUCCGGACUAUUUCUCUGGAGGCGUUGCGGACCGCUUUGCGCCGCUUGGUCACACAACGUUGCUGCCAAUUCGUCCGAAAAUCUUCGAGACCGUGCCGGAGGCACGCUGUAUGAACCCGGAAGUGCGCAAUUGUCUGUUCAAGGACGAAAUGCCGCGCAUGUUUAAGAAAACGUACAGCUUCAGCAAGUGCAUCUCAAUCUGCCGAGCACGCAGCGUGCUGAGCCUGUGCGAGUGCGUGCCCUUCAAUGUGCCGCAGAACUAUUUUGGGGGGGUUAUGGGACGCGUUUACUGCACGCUGCAGCAUGUUGAAUGCAUCCAGCGCUACGAGUUCAAAUGGCUGAACGUCAUCACCAGGCACGCAGAUGUCCCGGGCCUGGAACAUGAAAUGGAGGACGCGCUCUACUGUCCCGGUUGCUUGCCCUCCUGCACGGAGACGCGCUACAAGGUCCGUGGCGCCAUGAUGCUGGCCCUGAGCAGCUCAUACAAGCCGAUGGGCUACAUCGAUGGCAAUAACGUUUACGACCAUGGCAACGGCAACGGCAACGACAGCAGCACCGGCAACGGUAAUGGCGGCGGGGACGGCAACGGCACCGAGCUGGCGGUAGUGCGUAUUUACUUUGCCCAAACGCACAUUCAAUACUUUCGGCAGAUUAUUAAAAAUGCUUGGUACGAGACCUUCAGUACAAUUGGCAACAUCUGCAGCAUCAUAGCGGGCUUCUCAUUGAUUGGCAUCUGUGAGCUGCUUUUUUUUCUAGCCAAACAAUUAUGGCACGCAUGCAAAACGGAGCUUAAGGCAGAAUGCCAUCAUGUCUCGACUAAUGGCUUUAGACGGGCCCGGCAACAGGAGCAGCAACAGCCUGAAAAAAUGGAGUUGCUUAUUCUGCCGUAA